UUAUUCCACUCACCCCUAUUCACCCCGUCCUCUUUUACGGUUCCCCACAUACGUUUCUAUUACUUCACUUUUGUGACUAGCUUGGGUUGACACUGAAUCUUAUGCUUAAUGGUUUUUCCCUUACUCUGUACAUUUCGCUCGUUCGUGAGACAUCGUAUCGAUCCUUCGCCCCGGGAAUGACUAGCUUUGAUUGAUCGAUUGUCAGCCUUUCUGCAUAGCCUGUGUAUAUGCCCUAAUUUGAAUCGUGUGAUUGAGUUGCACACACAGACGUUUGGUGGCCGGUUUGGCGUGCGGCGUGAACAGUAUUUUCUACCCGGUCGUUUGUGUUCUCACUACGGUUAGUGGGUGGAAGCAGUCGUGGGGCUCCGACACAACAGUUUCUCUGGCGACGGAGGUGUUGAAUUAUCAUGGCUAUUUCAUUCGAGCAGUUGCAGUCCCUCCUUCAGCAGCAGCAGUUUCAGUUUGAAAAGUCACAGCAGCAGUUAUAUGAAUUGCUGUCACAAAAGCUCAACAUCCAGGUGGAAUGGCGGCCGGAACCGAGGCAGACAUCACAGGAAAUUGCAGAUGAAUGUCACAGACUGCUUAGUUUGAACAGUGAUCCAAAAAUUGUUGAUUUCAGACCCGCGGGAAGUGAACCCCAGUUCUGUCACGCAGCUAUUAAUGGCCAAAAUAUGAAUCCAGAUGUGCCGAACCAGAAGCCCCCGACUACGUCUUGGAACGAAGGUGAGAGGCACUCUACGAGAAAUUUCGCUCACAAAAUUCCUCCUUGUCAAAACGCGCACAAAUUCAUAUGCAAGCAUACUCCAAGAUUACGCGCAAGUUCCAACUUCCAAAGAAACCGGUUUCGCGGCGAAGUAAGGGAGGCGACGUCUGUAGUAUUUCGCACAGACUUUCCAGAGAAGAGAAAAUACCCUACAGUGAAACACAACAAUAUUCCGUUAUCGCUGCGACCAGAAACGAUGCAUACUAGAAAGACCAUUUCUCCAUCAACCCAGCCAGGACUUGGCACAUCGGCAGUCAAACAAAAAUUUCAUGCGGUUCAAAAUGUUUUGGAAGUGAAAGGAAUUCAGAAGUUAUACUUGCUCAGUGAGCCAACGAAUCGUAUCAUGUCUUGCACUAAUGGGGAUACAUAUCCCGAAUACUUUUGUUCUGACAACGUACUCGAACGAACGACAUUGCAUACUUGGCCUGAGCCCGAACUACCUUGGUGUUGGAUGCAUGUAGACCCAGGCGGAUACUCUUGUGUGAAGUUAUAUUGUCCUCCGUAUACUCACUUUUUAAGGAGGGAGAGGUGUUAUAGCGGAGGUAAGAAUACUCCACCACUCCCCGUGGUUUUGUGAGUUUUAUUCCACUCACCCCUAUUCACCCCGUCCUCUUUUACGGUUCCCCACAUACGUUUCUAUUACUUCACCUUUGUGACUAGCUUGGGUUGACACUGAAUCUUAUGCUUAAUGGUUUUUCCCUUACUCUGUACAUUUCGCUCGUUCGUGAGACAUCGUAUCGAUCCUUCGCCCCGGGAAUGACUAGCUUUGAUUGAUCGAUUGUCAGCCUUUCUGCAUAGCCUGUGUAUAUGCCCUAAUUUGAAUCAUGUCAUUGAGUUGCACACACAGACGUUUGGUGGCCGGUUUGGCGUGCGGCGUGAACAUUAUUUUCUACCCGGUCGUUGGUGUUCUCACUACGGUUAGUGGGUGGAAGCAGUCGUGGGGCUCCGACACAACA